CUUUUACAGAAAAUAUAGGUACGCUUUUAAUUUGAACCCGGAAGUGAUGUUAUGGUUCAUGUUGACGCAUACUUUUAAGGACGCACGUGGAUACUGGAGCUGGACUUAAACAACAACCAUAAGCAGUUUGUCUAAAAACCAAAAACAUAAUUGGAGAUGAAGAGGAAGGAAAAGGUGAAAAGGAUGGAGAACAGCUCUGAUGAUGAAGAUUCUGACGCUGAGAGGAACUUCACUCUUAUUGCCCAGAGAGGAGGAGCUGAAGGGGAUGCUGAAGAAAUCAGAGAUGAUGAGGAGGAGGAUGAAGAAAAGGAUGAUGAAGAGGAAGAUAAUGAUGAAGAGGAAGAGGAGGGAAAAGGAGUAGAACCAGAGGACAGCGAUACUGAAGAUUCUGACGAUGACGAUGAAGAUGAUGAAGAUGACAACAAUGAUGAGGAUCCACAGGCUACAGGGGGCAGUAGUGAGCUCCAGACCAGAGAUGAUGUGAAAAAAGAACUGUCCAACAUGUCCUUUGAGGAAAUCAUGGAGCUGCAGAACAAAGUGGGGACCAAAGUUUACAAUGAGGUGGCCUAUGGUAAAGAAACAAAACAAGAGACGACAGGCAGGAAGAAACGCUUGAACAAGAACAGGCCGAUAGAAGUGUCCGCCAAGAAACCGGUGCCGUACCUGCGUCAGGUCGUCACUGUGAGGAAGACGAUGCACCGAGACCCACGGUUUGACGACCUCUCUGGAGAGUACAAGUCGGAGAUAUUUAACAAGACAUACAACUUCAUCAACGACAUCAAGCAGAGGGAGAAAAAGGAAGUCCAGAAGCAGCUGAAGAAGACGAAGACGAACGGAGAGAAGAAGGAGAAGCUGCAGUUCCUCCUCAAGAGGAUGGAAAACCAGGAGAGGGCAAGGAUUGCGGCAGAGCAGCAGAGAGAGAAGGAGCUGCAGCUGAAGAGGCAGCAGAGAGAGCUGGCCAAUCAGGGAACUCGACCAUUCUUCCUUAAGAAAUCUGAGAAGAAGAAACUGCUGUUAGCAGAUAAAUAUCAGGAGCUGAAAAAGAGCGGUAAACUGGACAAUUUCCUGAGUAAGAAGAGGAAGAGGAACGCUGGGAAAGAUCGCAGGAAACUGCCGCAGAGCCACAAGGAUUCAUGACAGAACUUGACUGAAUUCAACUGAAACAGGAAAAAAAAUGCUGAAAACCAGUGAGAGUUUUGUAAUGACUGAUUUCCGCCAGCAGGAGGAACUCUGAGUCAAAUGGUGGCUUUGUGUUUGAGCCACAGCAUGUCAUUUUGUAUUAUUAUUGCUUUGGAUGUUUUUCAGUACCAUUCACAUGUAAGGUCCUGUAUGUGAGGAGGACAGAGGUUUUCAACAUGAAACUGAAAUUCUUCAUCAUUCUGCCACACGACGGUCCAAAGAGAAAAACACUGACACUGAAGCUGCUGCUCCAUGCUUAAAAGUUUGUCACAGAAAAGCUAGAAAGUUAAACAAACAUAAUAGAUGUAACAAACACAAGACGAUGAAGUUAGUGUUAAAGACUUGAAGUGUAUUUUAUUUAUCUUUGCAAGAAUUAAAUUAGAACUCUGUGAUUUAAAAAAUGAUUACAUUUAAAAAAAGUUUUCCAAAUCUUCUAAAAGAAAUUUUGUUUUAAAACAAUCAGAAGUUAAAAA